AUGCCCCUCAAUCUGAAUCUGUUUGGCGCAAUCUCAGGAGCCUUCUCUGGCAAGUCUAAGAAAGAGAAGCAAGCCGAUGGCAGCGAGGUCGAGCACAGGAAAGACAACUCAGCAAUCAAGGGCGUGGCCAUGGGUAACGGGAGUGCCGCUGGAGCUGCCGAUGCCGAGGCACAUGGCAGAGAGAUGCGCGAGCGUAUUCUAGCUGGCGAAAAGUGA